GAUGCUUUUGAACUUUGGUGCUGGAGGAAAAUCCUGAGUGUGCCUUGGACCGCAAAAAGAUCCAACCAGUCCAUCCUCCAGGAAAUAAUGCCCGGCUGCUCACUGGAGGGAAGGAUACUAGAGGCAAAGAUGAAGUAUUUUGGCCACAUCAUGAGAAGACAGGAAAGCUUGGAAAAGAGCAUGAUGCUGGGGAAAAUGGAAGGAAAAAGGAAGAGAGGCCAACCAAGGGCAAGAUGGAUGGACAGUAUCCUUGAAGUGACUGGAAUGAACUUGAAGGAACUGGGGGCAGCGACGGCUGACAGGGAGCUCUGGCGUAGACUGAUCCAUGAGGUCACAAAGAGUCGGAAAUGACUGUGUGAAUGAAGAAGAAGAACACAUGCAGUAAAACCUGGCAGUAACCAGGAUAAAAGGGGGUGGCUGGCUAAUAUACAUUUGGGGAAAUUGCGGGUGGAAUUGAGUUAACAGCUGAAAAGCAGGUGUUUAAAAGGUGCGUUUAAAACCCAAUUCCAACCAAAAUGUAUACCUCCGCAUGACUGGAUAUGUCCCAUUUCUAUCCUUCUUUUUUGUAUUAGAUAACAAUGAAAGAAGAUGAAGAUGCAAGAUGUUAAAAAUGCCCAUUCUGUAUUCACUCUUGUACCCUUCCCCAUUCCUCAUAUAUUUUGCAAUAAAAAUGAUAUGGAAAAAAUCAUAAAACAAUCAGGCUAGGUUGUCAUCUUUUCCCUAAUGGAUAUUGAUGCUCUUAAAAACUGCAUAUCAGUCAACUGAUGUUCUCUCCAUUAAUUCUAGAGGCAGAGGGGACAAUUACAUUUGAUGCAUUUUUGCCUGGCAGACACUUGCUUUAAUUAUAGAGCUUCUUCCAGGAAUGUAAAUGGGGUUCCUGUAGAAAAUGGCAAUAAUGACUUUUAUCAAGCUCAGCUCUCAAACACUAGACCACUAUUUUUUAUACUGGGUAAACAUGGAAUGCUACUUGUUGCAUCAUACAUGCCGAAAGUACACUUAAAGAGGAAUUUCUUCUUUCCUUGAUUUUGGAUUUUCAUGAUCUGUGGCUGCUACAGUGUGGAGACUUAAAGGAUUUCUUUCAGUACAAAGGACAGCAGAUUACGUUUCCAAGACCUCCUUUUCCUAGGAAGCCAAGGACUUCAUCAUCCACACAGGAUUCAGUGCAGAAUAUGGAAUGAAUACACUGAGAUUCCAGUUAUGACCACAAAAAUAGGGGUGAUUGAAACCCAUCAUGCUCAUUCAAAUAUUCAUAAUUCAGCUCUCCAGGACAGGAGUAAAAGUACUGAAAGAGUACAAGAUGGUGAAACAAGUAAAUCUGAUGGAGAAAGAGAAAAGGCCACAGUAGAAAAAGUAAACAAGGAAAACCAGAAGAGCAAUGCAGAUCAAUCGGAGAAGAAAAAUGAGAAAGAGAAGGAAAAGAAGGAGGUAUUUGUCAUCGAUCCUUCAGGAAACUUAUACUACAACUGGCUGUUUUGCAUCACAUUGCCUGUCAUGUACAAUUGGACAAUGAUUAUUGCUAGGGCUUGUUUUGAUGAACUUCAGAGUAACAAUUUACAAAUGUGGUUUAUUUUUGACUACAUAUCAGAUGUUAUUUAUGUUGCUGACAUGUUUGUAAGAACCAGGACAGGGUACCUGGAACAAGGUUUGUUGGUGAAAGAAGACAUGAAACUUAAGAAAAGAUAUAAAGGAACAGUUCAAUUUAAAUUAGAUGUACUUUCCAUCAUACCAACUGAUCUACUUUAUUUCAAAUUAGGGUUGAACUAUCCUGAAAUAAGAAUAAACAGGUUACUUAGAAUAUCUCGUUUGUUUGAAUUCUUCCAGCAAACAGAGACAAGAACAAGUUACCCAAAUAUCUUCAGGAUUUCAAAUCUUGUUAUGUAUAUUAUAAUUAUUAUCCACUGGAAUGCAUGUAUCUACUUCUCAAUCUCAAAAGCCAUUGGCUUUGGUACAGACACAUGGGUCUAUCCCAAUAUUACCCAUCCUGAAUUUGGUCGACUUGCUAGAAAAUAUGUAUAUAGCCUCUAUUGGUCAACACUGACUCUAACAACUAUUGGUGAAACACCUCCUCCUGUGAGAGAUGUAGAAUAUGUUUUUGUGGUUGUUGACUUCUUAGUUGGUGUGUUAAUUUUUGCUACGAUUGUUGGUAAUAUUGGUUCUAUGAUCUCUAACAUGAAUGCUGCCCGAGAAGAAUUUCAAGCACGGAUUGAUGCCAUCAAGCAGUACAUGCAAUUUCGGAAUGUGAGCAAAGAUUUAGAAAAAAGAGUUAUCAAGUGGUUUGAUUAUCUGUGGACAAAUAAGAAGGCAGUGGAUGAAAGAAAAGUCUUGAAGUUUCUUCCUGAUAAAUUACGAGCAGAAAUUGCCAUUAAUGUUCAUCUAGAAACAUUGAAGAAAGUUCGAAUCUUUGCAGAUUGUGAAGCUGGUCUAUUGGUUGAACUAGUUUUAAAACUACAGCCUCAGGUAUACAGUCCUGGAGAUUAUAUCUGCCGCAAAGGUGACAUUGGAAGAGAAAUGUACAUUAUCAAAGAAGGCAAACUUGCCGUGGUAGCUGACGACGGAGUCACUCAGUUUGUUGUCCUAAGUGAUGGCAGCUACUUCGGUGAGAUUAGCAUUCUUAACAUCAAAGGCAGCAAAGCUGGAAAUCGGAGGACAGCCAACAUCAGAAGCAUUGGCUAUUCAGAUUUGUUUUGUCUAUAUAAAGAUGAUCUAAUGGAGGCUCUUACAGAAUACCCAGAUGCAAAAGCAAUGCUGGAAGAGAAGGGAAAGCAAAUCCUUAUGAAAGACGGAUUACUUGAUUUAGCAGUUGCAAGUGAUGGAAAAGAUCCUAAAGAUAUGGAGGAAAAAGUUAACCACAUAGAAAUUAUGUUAGAUAAUAUACAGACAAGAUUUGCCAGGCUUUUGGCUGAAUAUGAUGCUGCACAGAAGAAACUGAAGGCAAGGCUAAAGGAAGUUGAGAACAUCGUGAAACCACCUAUACAUUUUGAUUUCUCAAAUUUAGAAGAAAUUGAAAUAGCUCCUGGUCAGUAAAGAAUUAAGAAAAUGCAAUAGAAAUGUGGAUAUUCUGUAUUAAAUUAAAAACUAAUUAAAUAAUAAUUAGUGAAGACAGUAACUAGAUUUGGAAUAUGCCCACAACAUUCAGUUUCUAUCCCUAACAUAUAGUUUCAUGUUAUACAGAGUUGAAAGUUCAGGAUCAUUCCAGGCACUUAGGUUUCCAGACCAAAACUUGAGAUCUAGAAGGGGUACCUGCUGGUAUUAUUAAAUGAUAUCAUGGAUUACUGAGCUUGUGGCUCAAAUACACACAAACACACACACACACACACACACACACACACACAAAUACAUGCAGAAUACACAUUUUACUGCUUGGAAAUUAAGAAAGAAAUCUUUGAUAAAGGGGAUGUUCCUCGACAAAGGUGAAAUGACAGGAUAAGGAACAUUAUUGGAGCCCACUUGCUUCUAGGCAGAAGGUGGAUUCAGAGCUGUCAUGGGUGCCACAAAAUCUGGAAGGGAAAAAGAAAAUAUGCACACUCUUUAGAAAGCCUUUGCAAGUUGUAACAACAAAUAGAUUAAGACAGCUUGCAAACUGCAGCUAGCUACUGCUCUCCUAGCUGGGCCGGAGAUCUUUACACAGUUCUUCCUUCUUGUCCUUGUUUUUUAUUUGGAGGUAAUCUGUGUAAACUAGAGACACAGGAACGAGUCCUGAGAUCUGGCAGCCAUAAUUGUAACUUUAGACAAUGCCAGCAUCUUAUCUGGAUGGUCAAUAUACUAAACAAUAGAUCAGUAUAUGUGUGAAUAAGAAUUAUGUAAAGGUAUAGUGUAUUACUAUUACCUAUAUGCUGCUUCUUGUCUUUUAAAAGAGGCUCAAAGUGGUUAACAAUGCUAACAUUAUAUGGUUUCCAUGAGAAGUUUGUUACACUGCACAAUCAAAACAGCUUUAUAACUGGCAGAAUAUUAUUGUGGUGGCAGCCCAGAAUAUUAGAAUUAUAUAUAAUUAACAGUAUUGUAUUAUAAUAUUUACAGUAUUGUAUUAUAGGCAGUCUCUAAGUUACGAACAAGAUAGGUUCUGUAGGUUUGUUCUUAAGUUGAAUUUGUAUUUAAGUCGGAACAGGUACCUUUUUCAAGUAUAACUCCCACCAAAUACACACACACACACACACACACACACACACACACACACAAGCGCUGGAUGGCAUAGGGAAGGGUUAACACCCCUGUGGUGUUUGUUUUGCUGUCUGUGCCCCUGGUCAGAAGAUCUCACCUCACUUUAUAUCCCUGUGAUAAUUGGAUUUUGAAAAAUUUGGUUUGUUGUGGAAACAAGGAUUGCUGAUAGUUUCGGUGGAGACACCUUUUCCCCAUGAUAACUCUUCCAGGAGUGAAUCUCCCUUCUGAGAGGUAUAUUUCUCUCACUUCCUGUCAUCUCACCCCUGUUGUUAACUAUGAGUCAGUUGCCAUGCGGAUGUUUGUACAAGGAUUGCCUAUAGUAAUUUGAUGUAAGGAAAUCUCACUUUGUUAAUAAAAUAUUUACAGAUAUAUUUUAUACAAAAUAUACAUAAUUUCUGAUGCUGAUGUUUGUAAAGGCAUCUGAUGCACAUAUGUACAUGUUGAAUUUUUAUUCUGAUGCUGUGAUUAUUUAAUUUGAAAUAAAUUAAAUACCGAGCUA